AUGUCUGUUCCAUCUUCGAAACCGUCACAACCAGCACCAACAACAUUCAAUGAACGUCUUAAUGAGCAGCUUGUCAACUGCUUAAAUGUUCAAACAAAUGUAAUACAAAAUUUAUCUCAAUAUUCGCAACAUAUUUCAUCACAAUUAUUCGAAAUUAAAAGCAUUAUCGAAAUAUUAUCAAAUCGAGUAUUAGCUCUUCAACAACAACAACAAUUAAAUCAACAAUCUCAUUUUGUACCAAAUCCUUAUGGAACAUCUUAUUAUCCAAAUUAUAUGCCUCAACAACCAAUAUCAGUUUCUCAUCCGCCAUCAUCUUCUCAUCCUCCUCCUCCGAUGCCAUUUUCUGUUCAACAACCACCUGCUCCAAUGCGUAUGCCAGCAACAACGACGGCUACAACAAGUUCAACGCUUCCAUUUUUUCCUAUGACUGUUGCUAAUCCACCUGUAUCAUUGCCACAAAAUGUACCAUCACUUCAAUUUCCUGCAUCGGCAGCAAUACCAACAUCACAACCAACAAUAACUAAUACAUUACCAACAACAACAACAACGACGACACCGACUCAAUCAAUCUUUUCAAAUUUAUCUAAAUUCGGCAUGACUGAUACCACUGCUAAGUCAUCAUCCUUAUUUCCAACAACAACAACAGCUCCAACAAAUGUCACAAAUGAUAAGCCAUCAAAUAGCAGUCCAUUUGUAUUUGGUACUAAUAACAUCACAUCAUUAUUUGGUAGUGGAAAUUUUACUCCUGGCUUAUCAAAUCUUUCAACAAUAAAAGCAGAAACACAUGCUGCUGAUGAUGAUGGCGAAGGUGAUGGUGAAGAUGAGUCAUAUGAACCAGAUUAUUCCUUUAAUCGACUUGUUACACUACCUGUUGUUGAAGUUAAAACAGGUGAAGAAGAUGAAAAUAUUCUCUUUUGUGAACGUGCAAAACUUUAUCGUUUUGAUGCAUCAACAAAUCAAAUGAAAGAACGUGGUACUGGUGAUAUAAAAAUUUUACAACAUAAAACAACAAACGUUUGUCGUAUAUUAAUGCGUCGUGAACAAGUAUUUAAAAUAUGUGCUAAUCAUCAGAUAACAUCACAAAUGGAAUUAAAACCAAAACCAGGUGUAGACAAUGCUUAUCUAUGGUCAGCUAUGGAUUUUGCUGAUGGUGAAGCUAAACAUGAAACAUUAUGUGUUCGAUUUAAAACUGAUGAACAAGCUAAAAACUUUUUUAAAGUAUUCAAUCAAGCAAAAGAAAUGAAUAUGAAGAAAUCCGGUGAUUUACCAUCUGUUGGAAAAAUUUCAUUAAAUGAUGAAACAAAACCAAAAUUAAAUACUAAUGAUGAUGAUGUUGUUUCUAUUGGUGAAGUUAAACCAUCAGCCGAACAAAUUGAUCGAGCAAAAAAACUUCAAUUACCAUCAACAUUCUAUUUAUAUGAAAAUAAAGAACCAUGUAAAGGUUGUCCAGGUUGUGAAGAAGAUACACCACCAAUUGUACUUAAUGAAAAUAAAACAACAACCAGCAAACAAACAGAUGUAGUUAAAAAUGAUACAAAAAUAACCACUCCUCAACCACAAUCAACAACAUCAGCACCAAAAACACCAUUAAGUUCAAGUGAAAACAUUAAAUUUUCAUUUACAAAUGCUGAAAAACAACAAACACAAUUUCAAAAACAAACAUCAAUACCAAAAGAAGAAAAAUCAUCUGUUGAAUCAUCAUCACCAGCUGCAAAUGCAACAUCACAAUAUGAUAGUAAACCAUCAAUAUUUGGAAAUUUGAAUGGUACUUCUAGUACAUCAAUAUUUGGAACUUCAACACCAAUAAAUAAUCUUGGUAGUUCCAUAUUUGGUAGUAGUGCAUCAAUAAAAUCAUCAACUAAUGGUAGUGGAUUUUCGUUUCCUGGUUUUGGUAAUACAACAGGAACAACACCUACAAAUGGUUUUCAAUUUUCUACACCAGCUGCAACAUCAACAUCAACAACAAAUACAUCAUCAACAUUUUCAUUUGGAUCAGCAUUAACAGCAGCCACAGCUAAUACAUCCGUUUUUGGUAAUACACCAAAAUUUAGUUUUUCUGAUGUAGCUAAACAAUCAUCAACAACAAUGAAUGAUAAAUCAACUAGUAAUGGAACUGAACAACGAGUUUUUGCUGGUCAAGGUUCGCUUAUAUUUGGUACAAAUACAACUAUAAAAGCUAAUACAAAUGAAGAUGAAGAAGGUGAUGGUGGUGGUGGUGGUGGUGGUGGUGAAGAUGAGUCAUAUGAACCAAAUGUUUCAUUUAAACCAAUUGUACAAUUAUCGGCUGUUGAAGUUAAAACAGGUGAAGAAGAUGAAAAUGUUCUCUUUUGUGAACGUGGAAAACUUUAUCGAUUCGAUGCUGAAUCAAAUCAAAUGAAAGAACGUGGUGUUGGUGAAAUAAAAAUUUUACAACAUAAAACAAAAAAUCUUUAUCGUAUAUUAAUGCGUCGUGAACAAGUUUUAAAAUUAUGUGCUAAUCAUCAGAUAACAUCACAAAUGGAAUUAAAACCACAUCAAGGUUCAGAAAAUGCAUAUGUUUGGUCAGCUAUGGAUUUUGCUGAUGGUGAAGCUAAACAUGAAACAUUAUGUAUUAGAUUUAAAUCAAGUGAUAUUGCAAAAAAAUUUGUUAAACAAUUUAAUGAAGCUAAACAAGCAAAUGUUAAUGUUCAAUAA